UCUCCUCAGCAUCACCACAAACACUACAUUUGGUUGAAACUUAAACUAUACAAUUUAUAAGAGGCGUCUUCUUUUCUAAGGACUUUAAUUUUUUCCUUGUUUAUCCAGAAAAUGUCUAGUUCACGCAUAUUUUCUUUAUUCUCAUCUCCAGAUCGAAGUGCUGAUGAUGAUAAAGAUAGUGACAGUUCUCAAAAUGAAAGUGAGGAAAUGAAGGGAGAGGUUCACAGUUAUUUAGAGGAGAGCAUUCGUCCUUACAUUGAUCUGAUCGACACUCUGCGGUCAGUUGGCAUUCAGAAGGACUUGGCAUUACCAACUAUUGCAGUGAUCGGAGACCAGAGUUCUGGAAAAAGCUCUGUGUUGGAAGCGCUUUCUGGAGUUGCAUUACCAAGAGGAAGCGGAAUUGUCACCAGAUGUCCACUAGAGCUGAGGCUGAAGAAGGUAACAGGUGGAGUCAAGUGGAAGGCUGUUCUAUCCUACCGUAAGAGGAGAAUUGAAUUUGUGGAUUCUUCACUUGUUGCAGGUCCUAUUAAAGCCAGCAAACUGGCAAGUGGAAAGGUUGCAAAUUUAACUCAUGAUGAGAAGAAAUUUGAAUUUGGAGAUCCUUCUUUAGUUGAAGAACAUGUUGAAGCAGCCCAGAAUGAACUGGCAGGAAAAGGGGUAGGGAUAUGUGAUGAGCUCAUCACUUUAGAGGUCAUGUCACCAGAUGUGUGUGACCUCACACUGAUCGAUCUACCUGGAAUUGCCCGAGUCCCAAUAAAAGGACAACCAGAGGAUAUUGGAAACCAGAUCAAACGUCUGAUUAUGAAAUUUGUUGAGAAGCCAGAGACUAUAAACCUGGUAGUGGUGCCUUGUAACACUGACAUCGCAACAACAGAAGCAUUAAAAAUGGCACAAGAAGUAGAUCCUGAGGGCAAAAGAACUGUCGCCAUUUUGACCAAGCCAGACCUCAUAGACAAGGGAACAGAGAGGAACAUCGUGGACAUUGUCCACAACAAAGUGAUUCCUCUCCGCAAAGGUUACGUCAUGGUGAAGUGUAGAGGACAACAGCAGAUCGAUGAGAACAUUCCUCUGGAGGAGGCGAAACAAAUGGAGAGAGAUUUCUUCCAAAAUCAUGACUAUUUCAGAUGCCUCUUGAAUGAGGAUAAAGCGACUAUUAAAUGUCUUGCUGUCAAGCUGACUCAGAAUCUUGUUGAUCAUAUCAAAAAAUCACUGCCACAGCUCAAUGAGCAGAUUAAAAAUCUGUUGUGGGAUGUGAGGAAUGAGCUCAAGGAGUGUGAGGCUGGACCACCAGAAGAUCUUAAGGGAGCCAAACUGUUCCUCAUUGAAACCAUAAAAAGAUUCAAUGAUCAAAUCAACUUCUUAUCAUCAGGGGAACUCAUGAGUGAGGAAAAUUUGUAUGUCCAGCUUCGGGCUGAAUUCAACAAGUGGAAUGAUCAUCUUAACAGUACAAAGACAUCCUUUAGCAAUACAAAAGUGUUGAGCCAGAAUAACAGAGGGAGGGAACUGGUCGGCUUCAGUAGCUACAGACUGUUUGAGAUGAUUUUGCAAAAACAUGUGGCCAAUCUUAAGAAGCCAUCCAUUGACUUACUCAAUACUGCCAAAGAAAUCAUCAUCUCUCAAUUCAUUGAUGUGGUGAGUCGGUGUUUCCGGAACUACCCUGUCCUUCAAAACCUUACUAAGGACAAAAUUAACAACAUUCAGUUAAACCAGCAAGAAAAGACAAAGAAGAGGAUCAAAGAGCAGUUUGAAAUGGAAAACAUGAUCUACACUCAAGAUCCCAUCUACUUGAGGAUCUUGAAUGAGAUUACAAAUGAGACAUUUUCAGAAGAUCAGUUACCAAUCUUUGACAAAAAGUGCAAGUACAGUAAUAUGCUGGAGGCAUAUUAUGAGAUUGUGGUGCAGCGGAUGGCUGACCAUCUGCCCAUGAUGAUCUCUUUUUUCAUGCUGAAGGAGACUGCUCAGCUCCUGUCUACUGACAUGCUGAGUUUACUGGAAAAGCCAGAUGUGCGUGAUCUCCUGUUUGAGGACUCUGAUGUCAGCAAAAGGCGCAAAGAACUACGAGCGCGCCUGAAACGUUUGAGUACUGCUCAGGAAGCAAUAAGCACUUUUUGUACUGACUAGAGGAUAUUAUCUGAAAAUACAUAUAAUACACUGUAAAAAAAAAAAAAAAAAAAAAAAACGCAGCUGUGGUUGCCAGUAUUUUACCGUAAAAAAUACAGUAGCAAACUUUUAUGGUUUUACGGAGCUUAAAUUUAUGCUAAAAACAUGUUAAUCUUAUGAUGUUUUAUAAGCUCACUUUCACUUAAAUUUUAUUAAAACAAGACAACAUAAAGUUCACCAGUGAUCUCAAACCCUUUAUAGUGCUGCAUACAUUCAACAUCAAUAGCUUAUUAGCAAUCACAUGGUUCUGAUGAUGCGCAAAAUUCAGCUGGAGGGCAGGAAGUAAAGAAACUACAGAAAAAAUUACAGAAAAAAGGUAAAAAUUGCGAGACACAAAUUUGUAGAAUCACAAAUUUACAGAAUCACAAUGUUUGAACUGCAAGAUAUAUAGUUGCUAUUUUGAAAAAUCUGUAUUGCGAAUAAGAAUUUUUGCAAUUACCUUAACAUCAAUUAUAAAGAAGUUCAUUUUUGAAUAGCAUAGUUCAUUCUGUUGCUUUUGUCUUAUGCCUUGUAUGAACAGCACCUGAAAAUGUAUUUGCUUUUGUCUAAUGAUAGUGUAACAGGCUUAUGAAACUAAUUUUAUUUUUUCUCACAGACCAUAAAAAGAUUCACUAACCAAAUCAACUCCUUAUCAACAGGGGAACUGAUGAGUGAGAAAAAAAAAUAAUUAUGUGGUUCUGAUAAUGUGAAAAUUCAGCUGGAAGGCAGGAAGUAAAGAAACAGAAUGGAAGACAUAGAGGAAAGUCCGUAUUGUAGCGGUUUAGACACUAUUUCAAAAGAUAGAUAUAAGCAAAAAAUCACUAAAUAUGUUGGACGUGAUCCUUAUGUUAUGAAGAGGAGCGAUUUUUCUACUGAAUUGAAAACUUGUGAAGCUGCCAUCACACCUUAUUGAGUUCUAGUCUGGUUUGUUUAUAUCGUGCUGCUUUUCUGCUAGUGUGUUUAGGGCAGUAAUUUUGAUUUUGUCAUGAUUGUGAAAAAUGUCUCCAUUGUAGGUCAUUCAUGCUGAAUCUGAAUUCAGGGGAAAAAAUGGACGCUGUAAUGCCUUUUCUACAUGUAAAAACAAGGGAGGCAGGUUGAGGAGGUGACAGGAAAACGCUUUAUAUCAAAUCUAAUAAUGUCACUGAUUGAACCCACUGCCUAUCACUCAAUAAAAAUAGAGUGUUUUGAAAGUUUUGUAUUUUGUUCAGUUGAAUAAUUAACAUUUGCGAGUAUAACUCUCACUGGGCUUGUGAAUGAGC